AUGGGUUUCCGGGGAAACAACGUUCUGCACAAAAAUCAUUUCCGGAAGGAUUGGCAACGUCGGGUUAAGACUUGGUUUGACCAGCCUGGUGCCAAGAAGAGAAGACGUAAUGCCCGACAGGCAAAAGCUGCUGCUGCUGGUGUGAGACCUACCUCUCUCCUCCGGCCCGCCGUCAGAUGCCAGACAGUUCGCUACAACCGACGAAUUCGCUCUGGCCGUGGUUUCACAUCUGCCGAGCUUGCCGCCGCGGGCAUCCGCCGGAAGGAAGCCCUAUCGAUCGGUAUUCCCUACGAUCACCGCCGCCGCAACAAAAGUGAAGAGGGCGUGUCAGUCAACGUCGAGCGACUCAAAGCUUACAAGGAACGACUGAUCAUCUUCCCCAAGAAUGCUAAGAAGCCCGGCAAGGGCGACUCUACGGAUCUCUCGGCCCCAACCACCCAAGACGUUUCAGGACCGCUGCCCUUGCCUUCUGGUACGAAGCCCGAAGCUCCUCGUGUCAUCACGCCCGAAGAACUUCAAUUCAAUGCGUUCCGAGCUCUUCGCCAAGCUCGUGCUGCCCAGCGGCAAGCUGGUGUGUGGAAAGCACGCAAACAGAAAAAGGAGGAGGAAGACGCUGCCAAGAAGAAAUAA